CCUUUUGACUACAAAGUUGGCCUUAUUAAAAACAAUGUUGGUCUUAUUGAAUACAAUGUUGGUCUUAUCGAAUACAGUGUUGGUCUUAUUGAAUACAGUGUUGGUCUUAUUGAAUACAAUGUUGUCCUUAUUGACUGUAAUGUUGGUCUUAUUGAAUACAAUUUUGGUCUUAUUGAAUACAAUGUCGGUCUUAUUGAAUACAAUGUUGGUCUUAUUGAAAACAAUGUUGGUCUUAUUGAAUACAAUGUUGAUCUUAUUGCACACAAUGUUGGUCUUAUUGAAUACAAUGUUGACCUUAUUGAAUACAAUGUCGGUCUUAUUGAAUACAAUAUUGGUCUUAUUGAAUACAAUGUUGGUCUUAUUGAAUACAAUGUUGGCCUUAUUGAAUACAGUGUUGGUCUUGUUGAAUACAAUGUUGGUCUUAUUGAAUACAAUGUUGGUCUUAUUGAAUACAAUGUAGGCCUUAUUGAAUACAGUGUUGGUCUUGUUGAAUACAGUGUUGGUCUUAUUGAAUACAGUGUUGGUGUUACUGAAUACAAUGUUGGUCUUAUUGAAUACAAUGUAGGCCUUAUCGAAUACAGUGUUGGUCUUAUUGAAUACAGUGUUGGUCUUAUUGAAUACAGUGUUGGUCUUACUGAAUACAAUGUUGGUCUUAUUGAAUACAGUGUUGGUGUUAUUGCAUACAAUGUUGGUCUUAUUGAAUACAGUGUUGGUCUUAUUGAAUACAAUGUUGGCCUUAUUGAAUACAGUGUUGGUCUUAUUGCACACAGUGUUGGUCUUAUUGAAAGCAAUGUCGGCCGUAUUGAAUACAAAUAUUGA